ACUGAGCAGAGGUACCAGAGGCAGCUCAGACAGAAAACGCCAACAUGAGGACGCGCACGCUUUUGUCCAUAACUGUACUGGGCCUGCUGCUGUGGGCCUCCUGCAUCCAGGCCAACGACACAGACGCCAACGCAGACGAGGAGACAGAAACACCAGAGGAGACGUCAACAGAAGAGACUCCAGGAGAGACGGAAGUGGAGGAGGAGGACGCCGAAGAGGAGCCCAAGAAGGAGAAAACAACGGAGAUAGAGGAGGAGAAAGAUGUCAUGGUUCUCCAUAUCAACAACUUUGCCAGAGCUCUCAGCGAGAAUCAGAAUUUACUGGUCGAAUUCUAUGCUCCCUGGUGCGGCCACUGUAGACAGCUGGAGCCACUUUAUGCAGAGGCCGCCGGGAAGCUGAAGGCGGAGGAACCGGCGAUGCGUUUGGCCAAAGUGGACGCCACAGAGGAGACGGAGCUGGCUGAAGAGUUUGAAAUCGGAAGUUUCCCCACUCUGAAACUGUUCAUGAAUGGAGACCGCAAACAGCCCGUCGAAUACACGGGUAAGAGGUCAGCGGAGGGAAUAAUCCAGUGGAUGAAGCGUCGUACAGGCCCUGGUGCUCCAGUGCUCGACACUGCAGACUCUGCAGAACAGUUCAUCGAUUCCCAUAAAAUCGCUGUUGUAGGAUUCUUUGAUAAUCUGGAAAGUGAGGCGGCCAAGGUGUUCAAGGAAGUUUUUUUGGAUAUGACUGACACUGAGUUUGCUGUGUCUGCGAGCCCUGACGUUUUCCAGAAGUAUGAAGUAAAAGCCGACUCAGUGGUGCUCUUCAAAAAGUUUGAUGACGGCAGAGCAGACUUUGUGUUGCCAGAAGACGGGACGCUGGACAAAAAAAACGUAACCACCUUCAUCAAGGAAAACAGUCUGGAGCUGAUCAUCCCAUUCAGCCAGGAGACCUCAGAUAAGAUCUUCACCUCCAGCAUCCUCCUGCACAGCCUUCUGUUCAUCAACUCCUCUGUGGAGAGUCAGACAGCCCUGGUGGACGAAUCCAGGACUGUUGCCAAAAGGUUCAAGGGCAAGAUGCUGUUCAUUAUGAUUGACGUGACAGAAGCCAUUUCUCAUGUGCUAAAUUACUUCGGCGUGUCGGCGAGUGACGCCCCCACUGCACGCAUCAUCAACAUGGAGACGGGAAUUAAGUUCACCAUCGCUGGCGGGGAUCUCACAGCAAAUUCAUUAGAACAGUUGUGCCAGGAGGUUGUGGAUGGCACUGCAAAGCCCUAUUAUCGGUCUGAGGAGAUCCCAGAGGACUGGAAUAAAGGACCAGUCAAAGUCCUGGUGGGGAAGAAUUUUGAGUCUGUUGCUUUGGACGCGACCAAAAACGUCUUUGUGGAGUUCUAUGCUCCAUGGUGUGGGCACUGUAAGGAACUGGCUCCCAUCUGGGAGCAGCUGGGUGAAAAGUACGCCGACAAUGACGACAUCGUCAUAGCCAAGAUGGACGCCACAGCCAACGAGGUGGAGUCAGUUGUCGUUCAAGGAUUCCCGACACUCAAAUACUACCCAGCUGGUGGCAAAGAGGUGGUCGACUACACUGGAAACAGGGAUCUGGAGACUUUGUCUAAGUUCCUGGACAAUGGAGGAGUGUUGCCUGAGGAGCCAAGUGAUGAGGAUGAUGAGGACGACGAGGAUGACGAGGACGACGAGGACAACAAGGAUGACGAGGACGGUGACGACGUGGGUGAUGACAGCAGGGAGGCUGAUGAGUCUGUCGAAGUGCCGACCAACAAAACAUCUAAAGAUGAGCUGUGAUGUCACUUUGGCUUCUGGCCAAUCAGGAUCAACCUAGUGUCUUCCGUUUUUUUCUAAAUAAAAUUAAUUUGGGUUACAAACAUGAA